UUCUUAGUGCCCCAAGGAAGUUGGAUUCUGGAGAGAAGAGAGUGACAGGAUCCCUGUCUUUUCCCCUUCCCUUUUUUCCUUCUGGUUCUUCUGCUUCCCUUAGAUCUUCCUGUAUGUCCUCCAUUCCUUUCAACUCUGCCUUUUCCUCACAACGUCGUCUCCCCUUCUGUAGCUCGAUUUUUCCCUCCUCAAAGCUGGCGGCUACCGGCAUCGCCUCCUUAGAGUGAAAUCAUGAAGGUCGUUAACCUAAAGCAAGCCAUUUUGCAAGCCUGGAAGGAACGAUGGAGUGACUACCAAUGGGCAAUCAACAUGAAGAAAUUCUUUCCUAAAGGAGCCACUUGGGACAUUCUCAACCUGGCAGAAGCACUGCUGGAGCAGGCCAUGAUUGGACCAUCUCCCAACCCUCUCAUCCUAUCCUACCUGAAGUAUGCCAUUAGCUCCCAGAUGGUGUCCUACUCCUCUGUCCUCACAGCUAUCAGUAAGUUUGAUGACUUUUCCCGAGACCUGUGUGUCCAAGCAUUGCUGGACAUCAUGGACAUGUUCUGUGAUCGACUGAGCUGUCAUGGCAAAGCUGAAGAAUGCAUUGGGCUGUGCCGAGCCCUUCUCAGCGCCCUCCACUGGCUGCUGCGCUGCACUGCAGCCUCUGCAGAGCGCCUCCGGGAGGGGCUGGAGGCUGGAGCCCCAGCUGCAGGGGAGAAGCAGCUGGCCAUGUGCCUUCAGCGCCUGGAGAAGACUCUCAGCAGCACCAAGAACCGGGCCCUACUCCACAUUGCCAAGCUCGAGGAGGCCUCCUCAUGGACUGCCAUCGAGCAUUCACUCUUGAAGGUUGGGGAGAUCCUGGCCAAUCUCAGCAACCCUCAGCUCCGGAGCCAGGCUGAGCAGUGUGGCACACUCAUUAGGAGUAUUCCCACGAUGCUGUCUGUGCACUCAGAGCAACUGCACAAGACUGGCUUCCCCACGGUCCAUGCAGUAGUCCUGCUCGAGGGAACCAUGAACCUGACAGGCGAAACACAGCCCCUGGUGGAGCAGCUGAUGAUGGUGAAACGCAUGCAGCAUAUCCCCACCCCCCUCUUUGUCUUGGAGAUCUGGAAAGCUUGCUUUGUGGGGCUCAUUGAGUCCCCUGAGGGUACAGAGGAGCUCAAGUGGACAGCCUUUACCUUCCUCAAGAUUCCCCAGGUUUUGGUGAAGCUGAAGAAGUACUCUCAUGGGGACAAGGACUUCACUGAGGAUAUCAACUGUGCUUUUGAGUUCCUGCUGAAGCUUACCCCCUUGCUGGACAAAGCUGAUCAGCGCUGCAACUGUAACUGUACAAAAUUCCUCCUCCAAGAAUGUAGCAAGCAAGGGCUUCUGUCUGAAGCCAGUGUGACCAACCUUGUGGCUAAACGCACAGCAGACCGGGAGCAUGCACCCCAGCUGAAAUCCACAGAAAAUGCCAAUGUCCAGCCCAAUCCUGGGCUGAUCCUCAGGGCGGAGCCCACUGUCACCAACAUCCUCAAGACGAUGGAUGCUGAUCACUCCAAGUCCCCAGAGGGACUCCUGGGGGUCCUUGGUCACAUGCUGUCUGGGAAGAGUCUGGAUUUGCUGCUGGCAGCUGCAGCAGCCACUGGGAAGCUGAAAUCCUUUGCCCGGAAAUUCAUCAACUUGAAUGAAUUCACCACCCAAGCCAGUGAAGAAAGCCCCAAACUAGCCUCAGUUCGUGCCUUACUCUUUGACAUCUCCUUCCUCAUGCUGUGCCAUGUGGCCCAGACCUACGGCUCAGAGGUGAUUCUGUCCGAGUCAAGCACAGCAACAGAGGUGCCCUUCUUUGAGACCUGGAUGCAGACUUGUAUGCCCGAGGAGGGCAAGAUCCUGAACCCUGACCACCCCUGCUUCCGACCAGACUCUAUCAAAGUGGAGUCCUUGGUGGCUCUGCUCAACAACUUCUCAGAGAUGAAGCUGGUGCAGAUGAAGUGGCAUGAAGCCUGUCUCAGCAUCUCAGCGGCCAUCUUGGAAAUCCUCAAUGCCUGGGAGAAUGGAGUAUUGGCCUUCGAGUCCAUUCAGAAAAUCACAGAUAAUAUCAAGGGAAAGGUAUGCAGUCUGGCGGUGUGUGCUGUGGCUUGGCUUGUGGCCCACGUCCGGAUGCUGGGACUGGAUGAACGUGAGAAGUCACUGCAGAUGAUCCGCCAGCUGGCAGGGCCACUGUAUAAUGAGAACACCCUGCAGUUCUACAAUGAGAGGGUGGUGAUCAUGAACUCCAUCCUGGAGCACAUGUGUGCUGACGUGCUGCAGCAGACGGCCACACAGAUCAAGUUCCCAUCCACGGGCGUGGACACCAUGCCCUAUUGGAACCUGCUGCCCCCCAAGCGACCCAUCAAGGAGGUGCUGACAGACAUCUUUGCCAAGGUGCUGGAGAAGGGGUGGGUGGACAGCCGCUCCAUCCACAUCUUUGACACCUUGCUGCACAUGGGCGGCGUCUACUGGUUCUGCAACAACCUGAUUAAGGAGCUGUUGAAGGAGACCCGGAAGGAGCACACGCUGCGGGCGGUGGAACUGCUGUACUCCAUCUUCUGUUUGGACAUGCCACAAGUGACCCUGGUCCUGCUGGGCCACGUCCUGCCUGGCCUGCUCACUGACUCCUCCAAGUGGCACAGUCUCAUGGACCCCCCAGGCACUGCUCUUGCCAAGCUAGCUGUGUGGUGCGCCCUGAGUUCUUACUCUUCCCACAAGGGACAGGUAUCAUCCCGCCAAAAGAAGAGACACCGUGAAGACAUCGAGGAUUACAUCAGCCUCUUUCCGCUGGAUGACACGCAGCCAUCCAAAUUGAUGCGACUGUUGAGCUCCAACGAGGAGGAUGCCAACAUCCUCUCAAGUCCUACUGACCGGUCCAUGAGCAGCUCCCUUUCGGCCUCCCAGCUCCACACAGUCAACAUGAGAGACCCUCUGAACCGAGUCCUGGCCAACCUGUUCCUGCUCAUCUCCUCCAUCUUGGGCUCACGGACCGCAGGCCCUCACACCCAGUUUGUGCAGUGGUUCAUGGAAGAGUGCGUGGACUGCCUGGAGCAGGACAGCCGGAGCAGCAUCCUACAGUUCAUGCCCUUUACCACGGUAUCCGAACUGGUGAAGGUAUCAGCCAUGUCCAGCCCCAAGGUUGUACUGGCCAUCACGGACCUCAGCCUGCCCCUGGGUCGCCAGGUGGCUGCCAAAGCCAUUGCUGCCCUCUGAGAGGGCCUUGGCGUGGCCACAGGCUGGCUGGG